AACAAAAAGAAAAAAAGUACAGUACCAGUACAGGUGCUCCUCGUCUCCUCCCGUUUCCAUCCGCCGCCGUUCGCCGGAAUCUCUCCCCCGCCGCCGUCCUUCCACCCAUCCUCCCCCAGGCGAUCUUCGCGUCUCCGACCCAAUCCCUCCCUCCCUCCCGUCCACCAGUUUCCGUCCUCGUGCCUCGAGCGGCUGUACUGUUUGCGCGCAUUGGCGAGGCCGCCUCGCCGGCGACGCGCGGUGGAGGAGCAGGAGGCAAUCUUUGCCAGGGCUGUGGAUUUCAUCAGGCAGCCCGUGCGCAUUAGGCUAGAUGGCAUCUUCUACUCUGAAACCAGGUGUGCCUGUCACUCUGCAAGAGCUAGCGCCCUCCUCGGAGAUGUUCAAGCAAGGGGCGUCCCUCCGGGUAACAGGAAUCCUUCAGUCAUACGAUGUGGACUCUGCGAUUGCUGUCAUUCGAGAUGGCAGCGCGACGCUGAAGGUCGACGCCCAGCACCUGCGGGACAUCAGUUUCCGCAGCGGUUCUAUGUUCCAGUUCAUUGGUGAGCUCCUGAUCCGGCCGAACGAUGACGCGAUUCUGCAAGCACGUAACGUCGAUGGCCUUGACCUGAACCUUUACCAGCAGUCUCUCAUCAUCCGACGGCAGCAUGAAGCCAGACUGCUGAGCUCCAGGAGCGCGUGAUCCAAAGCUGUGAACCAUUCUCGUGGCCUCAGUUCAGUUCCUCUGAAGUACAUGAGGGCAGAAUCACCUGACCCGUGAUGAUCCUGUGCUUCGGUUUGUUAGAUGGGUGCAAGCCUGCAAAGUAGUUCUAGUAGUUGUUAACUGAAUUUUCUUAGCAUAGAUUAUUCCCCUAGGCUAUUUUUGCUAUUCACAACUCCAGGAGCUCUUAUUAUCUCAGGGCUUACAGAUCUCUUUCUGAACAAUCGGAGUGUCCUUCCUGUAUGAGAUUACCUUCUCUUUUACAUUUUGUGACAA